GUGUGUGAAUAAAAUUAUCUUUCACUUGGUUUCUUCUACUCAUUUAUUUUCAUAUAAUUUUUAUAAAUUUUAAGGAAUACUCUUAAAAGAUCUGUCAAAUGAAUGUUUCUUAAGAAUAAAUAUCUUAUAAAUAAAUAUUUGUUCAAUCUAUCAACAAAAUAUUUAAAAGAAAACUUUGUUUUACGGCAACAUCAUAUAAUGGAUGUGAACAUGCAAAAAAAUAUUUAUGAAACUGACCCAGAACUUUUUGAACUUUUGAAAAAAGAAAAAAAAAGACAAGAAUGUGGUCUUGAAAUGAUUGCUAGUGAAAAUUUUACAUCUUUGAGUGUAUUGCAAUGUUUGAGCUCAUGUUUACACAAUAAAUAUAGUGAAGGUUUGCCAGGACAAAGAUAUUACGGAGGCAAUGAAUUUAUAGAUGAAAUCGAAUUACUAGCUCAGAAACGGUGUUUAGAAGCUUUUCGUUUAUCCUCAGAAAAUUGGGGUUGCAAUGUACAGCCUUAUUCGGGAAGUCCAGCAAAUUUUGCAGUCUAUACUGGUUUAUUGGAGCCUCAUGGUCGUAUUAUGGGUUUAGAUCUUCCGGAUGGCGGACAUUUGACACAUGGUUUUUUUACAAAUACUAAAAAAAUUUCAGCCACCUCAAUAUUUUUCGAAUCCAUGCCAUACAAAGUAAGACCAGACACGGGACUUAUUGACUAUGAUAAAUUAGCUGAAGAUGCAAAGUUAUUCAAGCCGAAAAUUAUCAUAGCUGGAGUAUCGUGCUAUAGCAGAUGUCUUGAUUAUAAAAGAUUUAGAGAAAUAGCCGAUGAAAACAACGCUUAUUUAUUUAGUGAUAUGGCUCACGUAUCUGGUUUAGUAGCAGCUGGACUAAUUCCUAGUCCUUUUGAGUAUAGUGAUGUAGUUUCGACAACGACUCAUAAAACUUUGAGAGGUCCACGUGCUGGUGUAGUGUUUUUUCGGAAAGGUGUUAAAUAUAUUGGAAAAAAUGGUGAAAAUAUUAUGUAUGAUUUUGAAAAUAAAAUAAAUCAAGCGAUUUUCCCUGGAUUGCAAGGAGGUCCGCACAAUCAUGCUAUAGCUGGUAUAGCGACAGCUAUGAAACAAGUUUUUUCGCCUUCUUUUGUGGCCUAUCAAAAGCAAGUUAUUUCUAACGCAAAAAGACUAUGUUCUCAAUUACAAAAUUUAGGUUAUAAAAUAAGUACAAAUGGUACAGAUACUCACAUGUUACUGAUUGAUUUGCGUCCUACUAAUCUUACUGGAUCAAAAGCUGAAAAAAUUUUGGAAGCGAUUUCUAUAGCUUGCAAUAAAAACACAGUUCCGGGCGAUAAAAGUGCAUUUAAUCCUAGUGGUAUAAGAUUAGGUACUCCUGCAUUAACAACUCGAGGUUUGAGGGAAGAUGAUAUGGAUAAAGUCGCCAUAUUUAUCAAUAAAGGAUUACAAUUAGCGAAAGAAAUAACAUCAAAAUCUGGUCCUAAACUAGUCGAUUUUAAACACAUAUUACAAACAGAUACUGAUAUUUUAAGAAAAAUAUCAAAGUUAAAAAAUGAAGUUGAAGACUAUGCAAAAACAUUUCCUAUUCCUGGUUAUGAAUUAUACUGACAGUAACAACUAUAUUUAUCAAUAAAAUCAUCUCAAUUGAAUUUUGUCGUAUACCAAAGUUAUUAAUAUUAAUUUAUUAUAAAUUGUAUAAGAAUCUCUGUUCUAUGCCCUACAAAGCCGUUAUGU